UCAUCGCAGUCGAGGUGGUCAUUGUAAGUGCAGUGUUACUUAUUCAGGAAAAGUGGCUGAUCUGUCUCGUUAGUGCCUCGUCCGCGACGGGCCCGAGCUAUGGCAAAUGAUCAGCAACGAUGGCGAACCCGCGGAACACAGGCCUUAGACGGAACCCGCCUCGUAUAUUGUGCACAACUAUGACAUGGACAUGCAGGAUCCGCUCCUAAUAUCUAAUGACUCUACGCAUUCUCCCUUCAACAGCGACUCACUUGUUGGGAGUUCAACCCCGCUCAACCUGUUCUCAUGACUACGCCGUGUACUCAAACUGUUAUGUUACACACUGCUACCAUCGGGCAACUCACCACCACUUCGCGUAUACACAUUUAUCACCGACGUCCAAAUCAUGUUUGCCAGAUUGCAUGGCUUCACACUUCGGUAUGCACGGUUGUUAUUGGGCAGUAACUUGUCGCACGUGUUAAUCUAGGACCGAGUAACUGCUGUCACAGACGCGUCACUGUAACACUCAUUUCGAGUUUAAGCUGUUUCUCGAGUUUGUGUACUCAAACCAUUGGUGCC